ACGCCCUUGUUUUGAUGACAGACGGAGACUGGGGAUCGUGCUCAACCGAACCAUAGUCAGGAUUCGUGUUUAUGUGUUUUGAUGCCCUUGACGUAGUUCCUCGAAAUUCUGGAAAAUGUCGGCGUUACAAACGUUAAUGGAGAUGGGAUUCUCGGAAAAUGCUUCAAAAAAGGCUCUAUCAGUUGUGGGAGGGGACAAAAUUGAACAAGCUAUGGAAUGGCUCUUAGCUCAUGCUGAUGAUCCCAGCAUUAAUGAUCCACCUCCUCCUUCAAAACCAGACACGAAGUCGACUUCAGAUAGUAAGAUGGAGACUGGUGCGACUUCAGAUAGUAAGAUGGAGACUGGUGCGUCUUCAGAUAGUAAGAUGGAGACUGGUGCGUCUUCAGAUAGUAAGAUGGAGACUGGUGAGGCUGGAAGUGGUAAAACCAAUGAAGAAGGUGAUGAAGAUGAAGGGGCCAGAUCAAUAAAAUGUGAUGAUUGUGGAAAACUCUUUCAAACUUCUGCGGAAGUUGAAUAUCAUGCUGUAAAAUCGGGGCAUGACAACUUUUCUGAGUCCACCGAGGAAAAGAAACCCUUGUCUGAGGAAGAAAAGCUACAAAAGAAAAUGGAAUUAGCCGAAAAGAUAAAGCUGCGCAGGAAAGAAAGGGAAGCAGAAGAAGAACAGGAAGCUAGAGAACGAGAGAGGAAAAGGAUUCAGAUGGGUCAGGCUAUGGCAGAGAGAAAGCGAGUAAUGCAAGAGAUAGAGAUAAGAAGGGCAGCCGAAGAGAGGAGACGUGAUAAGUUGGAGGAUAAACUUGCCCGCCAGAAAGUAAAAGAACAGAUUGAGAGGGAUCGACUAGCCAGAAAAGAAAUGUUUCCAGACAAGGCAGAGACUUCUGAAGCCAAAGCUCAGCCAGUAGCAACUCAGAGUACUAAGAGUACUAGCACACCUGCUGCACCUGCACAAUCUGGUCAAAAGAAAGAAUACACCACAACCAGACUCCAGAUACGUCUACCCAGCGGAACCCCAUUAGUGCAGGAGUUUAAAGCAAAAGAAUCCUUGUCAGCUGUUCGUCUUUGGGUUGGCUUGAAUCGCACUGAUGGUUUGUCCGCUGAUACCCCUAUUAAACUUUCAACAACAUUCCCACGUAAGACAUUCUCUGAGGAUGAUAUGGAUAAACCUUUAGAUUUGUUAGGUAAGUUUCAGAGCUUUUUUUUUUGUGAAUUUGCAGUUUCCACAAGCAAGUUCAAACCUGUAUAUAUGUCCUUUUAUGAGGUUGAGCUGGAUAAUUUAAAUUAGUACUUACUGAUGUCCAAUAUA